AUUCCCAGCUGAAAAUCAGGUCCCACCCGCCUCUCACAGAAUCUUCCCUAUCUGAAUCGCUUCCACUGCCCUCUAAUCGUUCACUCUCACUUUCCUCAUCCACAAAUCUUUCAUCCUGGCUCAAAUUAAUUGGGUAAUCGUCGCUUUCUCGGUCCGAAUCGCUCUCGCUGCUGGUGGCCAUGAUUGUAAACAAUGUGCCACGCUACUUCCGGUACAGGCAAGGCUUUUUUUAUCAGCGACCAAAAGUUGCGAACUUUAUCGUCGAUGUUCUCUACUAAAUCCUUUCAGCAAAAAUAUGGCAAUAUCGCGAAAUGAUCAAGUAUGACACAUAGAAUGGAUCUGCUAUCCCCGUUUAAAUAAGAACAUUUCAUUUCAGUAGGCCUUUAAACAGUCUUUUAAAUUGAAUCAUGUUAGAACAGGUUUUGAACUCGUCCCCUAAGUUGUUCCACAGAGUGACUCCAUGCACUGAAAUGCACAUUGAUUUUAAAGUUGUUCUAUAUUUAGGCAAAUAUAAUUUGUUGUUUCCUCUUAGACUGUAACUAUGGUGAGCAUCUCUAUCCUGGAAUAGGUUCUGUAUAUUGGAUGGUAGAGAGUUUUGGGAUGCAGCUUAAUUUGACUCAACACGGGGAACCUUACCUGGCCCGGACACGGAAAGGAUUGACAGAUGCCAUGCAGCAGAAGACUAUUCCCCAGACUUUGAGUUUCACUUUCUUUCUCACCUCAUCCUUCACUUCAUAAGGUCCAAAUAGGUCCACAGUUGUGAACUCAAAGGGAUUAGCUGGUGUUAUACGCUCAGGUGGAAGGUCACUCAUGAUUUGCUGGCAUCUUUUAGCUCUGGCUUUUCUGCAUGCAACACAGUUGUCCACAAUCUUUUGAGCCACUUUACGACCUUUUACCACCCAUGCCUUCUUCCUCAUCCGAAGGAGUGUCCCUUUGUGUCCUUCUUGAACACGGCUGUGAAAAAAACCUGAAGAACUUGUCUGACGAGUCUUGAGUCUUGACUGACAAUGUUAUACAGCAGGCAGUGGACUUGGCUCUUUUCGACUGGGAGGAACUCAAACAGUUGCUUUGAGUAAAAGUUUGAAGCUUCUGGAAGGAGCUGGUGUCUUCAGUGGAAAAAUGGCUUGCCCUGAAGCUCUCCAAUGUCCUUCCUGUUUGGACGUCUUCAAAGACCCUGUCAUACUUUCUUGCAGCCACAGCUUCUGUCGCUCCUGUGUGGAGCGAUGGUGGGAGGAGAAAAAGGACCGUUCUUGUCCACUCUGUAGGACGAAGUGCAGAUCCAUGGAUUUACCUCCGAACUUGGCCUUGAGGAACGUGUGUGAAGCUUUUGCAGCGUCUUCCGUGGACACUGAGGAAGAGUGCAAGUUGCACAAGGAGAAACUGAAACUGUUCUGUUUGGACCAUCUGCAGCCUGUGUGCCUCGUUUGCAGACAUGCAAAAAUCCACACAAAUCACAAAUACUCUCCUAUCGAGGAAGCUGCAAAGGAACACAGAGAAGAUCUAGAGAAAGUCCUGCAAAUCAUCACAAAAAGACUUAAAAUGUUUACCGAAGUUAAAAAAGACAUCAGUCAACAAGCAGAACACAUCCAGGUCCAGAAGCAGCAGGCUGAAAGCAAGAUUAAGGAGACUUUUAAGGAGCUUCACAACUUUCUGGAGGAGGAGGAAGAGGCUAGAUUGUCUCUUGUGAGAGAAGAAGAGCAAAGCAAGGGUCAGACAAUGAAAGAGAAGAUUGAGGGUCUCAGCAGCGACAUGAAAGCUCUCCAAGGCGUGCUUGACAGCACAGAGAAGCUGCUAACAGCUGGCAAUGUUUCCUUCUUGAAGAACUACAAGGAAAUGAGGGCCAGAGCCCAGAAGCUGCCCGAAGAACCCAAGCUGGUCCCAGGACCUGUGCUGGACAUGGACAAGCAUCUGGACAACCUCCCACUCACCAUGUGGGAAAAAAUGAAGACGUUGGUGUCCCAAAGUGACUUGCAUGUGUUAAUUGUAACUGCUGUGCCCUCAGAAGAACCCACCUGGAAUGUUGAUGUGGGCGACAACGACAACUGGGAACUGGGGUUAAUGUUUGAGUCUUUUAGAGCUGGCAUUCGAUUUCAAGACGGGAAAUACAAAAGGAUUUACCCGCAACGUGCAGACUUGCCUUUGUCAAUCAAAGAGAAACAGCAGAGAUUCAGAGUUCGUUUUGACAUUAGCGAGGGAAAGUUUUCAUUUCAUGACUUUUGUACAGACAUUACUUUAGACACAUUUGAUGUACCCAUUUCUUUUGGUUUUUGGCAGUAUGUUUCCACGACAGUAACACUGUACACUUACAUUUCUGUCUGGGGAUCAACAGUGGUUGGCAGGAAGUUGGACACUGCUUCAAGAGCACAGUUCUCCAGCUGGAGGUCACACACCUUCCUACAAACCAUCUUCAUGUUUGAUAUGAAGAGGGUGAUGUCAGGAAGACCCAACGACCUGUCAGCCUGUUAUUCGGACAUGUUCAUGUUGCAAGCAGUUGCUUUGAGUAAAAGUUUGAAGCUUCUGGAAGGAGCUGGUGUCUUCAGUGGAAAAAUGGCUUGCCAUGAAGCUCUCCAAUGUCCUUCCUGUUUGGAGGUCUUCAAAGACCCUGUCAUGCUGCCUUGCAACCACAGCUUCUGUCGCUCCUGUGUGGAGCGAUGGUGGGAGGGGAAAAAGGACCGUUCUUGUCCACUCUGUAGGACGCAGUGCAGAUCCAUGGAUUUACCUCCGAACUUGGCCUUGAGGAACGUGUGUGAAGCUUUUGCAGCGUCUUCCGUGGACACUGGCGAAGAGUGCAAGUUGCACAAGGAGAAACUGAAACUGUUCUGUUUGGACCAUCAGCAGCCUGUGUGCAUCGUUUGCAGACAUGCAAAUAUCCACACAAAUCACAGAUUCUCUCCUAUCGAGGAAGCUGCAAAGGAACACAGAGAAGAUCUAGAGAAAGUCCUGCGAGUCAUGACAAAAAGACUGAAAAUGUUUACCAAAGUUAAAGAAGACAUCAGUCAACAAGCAAAACACAUCCAGGUCCAGAAGCAGCAGGCUGAAAGCAAGAUUAAGGAGACUUUUAAGGAGCUUCACAACUUUCUGGAGGAGGAGGAAGAGGCUAGAUUGUCUCUUGUGAGAGAAGAAGAGCAAAGCAAGAGUCAGACAAUGAAAGAGAAGAUUGAGGGUCUCAGCAGCGACAUGAAAGCUCUCCAAGGCGUGAUUGACAGCACAGAGAAGCUGCUAACAGCUGACAAUGUUUCCUUCUUGAAGAACUACAAGAAAAUGAGGGCCAGAGCCCAUAAGCUACCUGAAGAGCCCAAGCUGGUCCCAGGACCUGUGCUGGACAUGGACAAACAUCUGAACAUCCCACUCAAAAAAAUUAAGACGUUAGUGUCCCAAAGUGCUGUGAUUCCAAACCCAAACGCCAGCAAUCCAGAACUCAGACAGAAGCUAAGCAGAGAAGAGCAGCAUCCGAAGAAUCCAGUGAGUGUUCAAGACUUGCAUGUGUUAAAUGUAACUGCUGUGCACUCAGAAGCACACACCUGGAAUGUUGAUGUAGGCGACAACGACAAGUGGGAACUGGGGUUAAUGUUUGAGUCUUUAAGAGCUGGCAUUCGAUUUCAAGACGGGAAAUACAAAAGGAUUUACCCGGAACAUGCAGACUUGCCUUUGUCAAUCAAAGAGAAACAGCAGAGAUUCAGAGUUCGUCUCAACAUUAGCAAGGAAAACGUUUCAUUUCAUGACUUUUGUACAGACACUACUUUAGACACAUUUGUUUUACCCAUUUAUUUCAGUUUAUGGAAGAAUUUAUCCAGGCCAAGGACAAUAGCACUGUACUCUUACAUUUCCAACGAUGUCAAUAUCUGCGACUGAAGAUUGUCCGUGAUGGAUUUGGAGACAUGUUGCUCCUACAGAAAUAUUUUACAUGGAGCUACACUAUGUUCAAAAUUCUUGUGUUCAGACAAAUCAUGUUGUGUAAGAAAGGUGUCUUGCCUGCUGACAGUUUAGGCCGACACUUCAGCCUUCGUUAGACACGUCACACCCGGAAGCUACGACAGCUCUGACGGAGGCUGAAGUUAUAACAUAAAAUGAUUAGUCAAACAGACGAUCAUAAAUAUGUGAUUUUAUGGAUGUGUCUUUUGUAAUGUAAAUCCAUUUGAGUUUCCUGUAUCCUUAUUUGUAAACCCGUGGCGCAACGCACAGGGCCAGUACCUUGUACGGCCCUGAUAAGACGGAGGAGGACCCAGGCCCGGACACUCCCCACAGUGCCUGGAACCUCCAAGCACCACCGGCGCAACCCCGGGGCAGACCGUCGGAGGGGGGACGCGUGGCGUGGAGCGCUACCUGGACACAAGUCGAGGGACUG